GCGUGUGUCUGCUGUGGGCUCCGGUUUUUCACGGAUGGCGCGAUGUCGCUGUCUUUACGCACAGGCUCGCUUUGUCUGAGCACGGAUCCAACUUACUGAGUGCUAAAUGUCGGCUUCGCUCAGACGCAACAGAUUCUUCUUCCUAUCUGGACGGACCAGGACUUUCUGACUCACCUUUUUAGUGGUUGUGUUUUAUUUAAUUUUCCUGACGGAGGAGAUAUAUCCUGUGACUCUGAACCUGGGCGUUUCAGGAGAGAAACUUCGGAGCUGCAGGAUGGACGUACCUGUCAUCCUCCUGCUCAUCCACCUGACCCAGGCUCAGAUUAAAGUCCUUGUGGCGAGUGUUGCGGAGGAAGAGGCGAGAUGUCCACUCGGCCAGUUUCCGUGUGGCAACAUGAGUGAAUGCCUCCCUCAAGCCUUGCAGUGUAACGGACACAAAGACUGUCCCAAUGGAGCAGAUGAGUGGCGCUGUGGUGACAACAUUGGUUUGGCAGACUUCAUUGGAGAAACCCUUCAGAACCGACCUGUGAUCCCCCCUUUUCUUAAUGAGUGCUUCUUGCAGGAGUACCCAGAAAGUUGCGACUGCAUACAAACAGACGUGGAGUGCGUGGAGGUCGACCUCAAGGAUGUUCCUCCGCUUUCUCCAAAUGUUACAUGGCUGUCGCUAAGGAGCAACAAGAUCCGAGUUCUGUCCGACUUUGUUUUCUCUGAAUACUCCGCACUAGAGAGAUUAUUUCUACAAAACAACAGCCUCCAGUUCAUCUCUAAACAUGCCUUCAGUGGACUGUACAGUCUGAAAAAGUUGUUUCUGAGCGACAACUUAAUAACCACGCUCAGUCCGGGCGUUUUCAAGGACCUGAAUCAGUUAGAGUGGCUGAUGUUGGAUCAUAACCCCCUUAGCAGCUUGACCCAUGAGACGUUCUUUGGACUUCGUUCUCUCGUAUUUCUAUCGAUGGUGCACACCUCGCUGCAGCAGCUUCCUCAUCCCAGCUUCUGUCAACACAUGUCUGCCCUGGACUGGCUAGAUCUUGAGGGAAACCAGAUUCAGACUCUCAACUAUUCCAUCUUGAAGACAUGCAGCAAGCUUGAAGUCCUAUUGCUAAUGGACAACAGGAUCACAAGAGUCCCUGAAAACACCUUCCAGUCUCUAUGGAAGCUCGCUGAACUAAAUCUUUCCGGUAACAGGAUCAACGAGCUUCCAAAGAACACAUUCAAGAGCCUCUCCAAGACCCUCCUGAAACUAAACAUAUCCCAUAACCCUCUUCUCCGCAUCCAUCCGAGCCACUUCAGCCACCUGUCACAGCUUCAGUCUCUGGCUCUGGAGGGUAUCGAGAUCCAAGAUAUUCAGACUAAAAUGUUUCUUCCCAUGAAGAACCUCUCCCACAUCUACUUUAAGAAGUUCCAGUACUGCUCCUAUGCGCCUCAUGUGAGAUCUUGCAAGCCCAACACUGAUGGCAUCUCUUCGUUCGAGGACCUGCUGGCGAACAUGGUGCUGCGGGUGUCGGUUUGGGUCAUGGCUUUCAUUACCUGCUUUGGUAAUAUCUUAGUCAUCGGCAUGAGAUCACUGAUCCGUGCAGAGAACAACCUGCACGCCGCCUGCAUCAAAGUCCUCUGCUGUGCAGACUGCCUGAUGGGGGUGUACCUGUUUUUUGUCGGCGUGUUUGAUGUGAAGUUCCGGGGGCAGUACAACCGAAAUGCGCUGCUGUGGAUGGAGAGUGUGGAGUGUCGCACCAUUGGCUUUCUAGCCAUGCUCUCCUCGGAGGUAUCCGUUCUCCUCCUGACAUAUCUGACUCUAGAGAAGUUCCUGGUUAUCGUGUUCCCCUUCAGCAAUCUGCGCCCAGGCAAACUUCAGACGGGAGUGAUCCUGUCUUCUAUCUGGCUGAUGGGCUUCAUCAUCGCUGCUGUGCCACUUAUGAAUGAAGACAUCUUUGGGAACUACUAUGGUCGAAAUGGGGUCUGCUUCCCUCUGCACUCCGACAGGCAAGAGAAACCCACGGCAAAAGGAUAUUCCACCGGGAUUUUUCUAGGUCUAAAUCUGGUGGCGUUCCUUGUGAUCGUCUUCUCCUACUCCAGCAUGUUCUAUUCCAUCUACAAAACUGGCAUCAACGCGUCCGACCUGAGGAGCAGACUGCACCGAGACGUGGCCGUGGCCAACAGAUUUUUCUUCAUAGUGUUCUCUGACGCCCUCUGCUGGAUCCCCAUAUUUCUUGUCAAGGUUCUCUCGCUGCUGGAGGUGGAGAUACCAGACACGAUCUCCAGCUGGGUUGUCAUCUUCAUCCUUCCGAUCAACAGUGCCUUGAACCCCAUCCUGUACACGCUGACAACCAGCUUCUUCAGAGAGCAGGUGGAGCUCCUGCUCUGUCGCUGGCAGAGGAGACACACCCUGAAGAAGGACCGCAAAAGCCUCACCUCCUCCACCAUCUUCGUGGAGACGGCGCGGCCGCAGUGCUGCCAGCCGCCCGCCUACCUCCAGCAGCUGUCGCUGGUCGAAGCAGACCCUCGCUAUGCCUGAGAGGACCUUUUUUAUUAUUUAAACGGUGCCAUUUUUUUAAUAAACUACGGGUCACGGGCCAAAUUUUUUUAUCGCCACAUUUUUAAGCUCUCACACGACGGCAGCACUGUUUUUAACGCUCCCGGGAGGAAGAAAAAAAAGAGUUAAAGUUGCUGUGCUGAGUCGUCAUACUCUGUCGUUCUUUUGAAAUGUCUUGUGUUUUGUGUCAAUUGUACUCAAAAGCAGCACCUUCAGCUUACUGUUAUAUUAAUGUCUUACCCAGAGCCUCCUCACCAUGGGCAUGAGGAGCCAAGGCUUACACUAAUAACGUUGCAUCUGAGAGGUGUUACUUAAGCUACAGCCUGCACCAUGUUUUCCACGAAAAGGGUCGAUAAAAGCAGAUUACACCCGACGCUCCUGUUGAUACUUCAGUGUCAUCCGACUGAAUUCAUGGGACACGGGGCAAACAUUUAUCGCUUUUAUCUCGCAGUCGCAUACACUGUUCUCCACAGAGAGACUGGCCAACUGUUACACACUCAGCAGAAAUGGAAAAAUAGGACAAAUACGAAUUGCUUUUUAUUUUUUAUUUUU